GAAGCGGACGAAUGCAAAGAUCCAGUAAAGAGCAGAGACUGUACUCUAAGUGGACAAAAAUGUGUGAAUACAGUUGGAGGCUAUGAGUGCAAAUGUGAUCCAGGUUUUAAGCAUGAUGCGAUCCGCAAGAAAUGCUUAGGUAAGACGUAGUUAUCGCAAAAUUCUCCCGUUCCGAUUAACCCUACCGCACUUACAGAGACUACAGUGCAGGUAUAAUAAACAACUAAUUAAAUAACUAAAUAAGUAGCUAAAUAAAUAUAGCAAUCAAAAAUGGAUUUCAUGGUAGCUCAUCCUCACAGUUUUCGUCGUCUACCACCCCAGUGGAAGUGUUGGUUGUUAAGGAGAGGGGUAAACCGGAAUACCAGGAGAAAAACCUCUCGUAGCAAGGGAGAGAACCAAAUGACAACAAACUCAACUCACAUAUGGCGUCGACACCGGGACUUGAACCCGCGCCACAUUGGUGGGAGGCGGGCGCACUCGCCACUGCGCCACCCUUGCUCCUUCAAUUUGAACUGUAAAUAGACUGCGAGAUCUCUCAUUUGCUCGUCGAAAAUCUGUGAGCGAUUGCGAUCAGUGAUUUUGAGCAAAAGAGAGACUACCCGCAUGCUAAACUGUACAGAGCACUGAGAUAAACUGUGGAUUAAAGCAAUCGAUCAAGAAUGUUGUAGGUGCCUGUUUUUUGGAACCCAGCUUAGUACACAAAAAAAGUUAAGACACGCGUUUUUGCUGAGUGCGAUUUUUAAAAGUAAAAACUGGCCGACUAGUUGAAAAUGAAUAGGGUUUUCUUAAUAGUUUUCAACAUGUCAUUUAUAAUUUGAAUUCACUGAUCUGACUAAGCAGAUCUGGUAAACAGUGAAAUUCUCUCCACGAAUGGACUGAUCAUGGCCAGCCAGUAAUAAUGCUGAGCUCCCUAAAAUGCACUUGCUCACUACAAAAGCCACAAGAACAACCGCAACCAUUUUUCGUCCAGACUGAAAAACUCAUACGAAGUAAACUUCUUACAACGAGAAUUUGUUAAAUUUUCAGGGGUAAACUUUCUUCAAGUGCACUGCCAGGAAGCUCAAUAUGUAUUUUUUCGCUUUUUAGCCUUAUCUUUACUAACCAACAUUCUUUCUGUUCAUAAUAUAACCUGACAUAACAUACCAAUGGUUCAGUAUGGAAAGGUCUUCAAGAAUCGUUUGAAUGUACAUGUUUCAUCUGUCGUUGUUUGAAUACACAUCUGAUUCUUGUUUCAGAUGUUAACGAGUGCAAAAUCAGGAAACAUAACUGCUCUCAUCACAGUUACUGUCAGAACACCCAUGGAGGGUUCAAAUGUGUAUGUCCAAAAAACUAUGAGCUCAGCGGAACAAGCUGUAUCCCAAAUGACAUCACUCGCUGGACUACUCCCAAGUACUUGUUACAGGAUAUAAUGGACGGCGUAUGGACUCGCUUAGUUGCUGCCGGCGCCGCAGGGAUCAUAGUCCUGUCCUUGUUUGUUAUUGUUGUCUUGAGCUGUAGAAAAAUGUGCAGGAAAUGUGCCGAGAGAAAGGAGCUAAAACGGCUUGCAUACGAAGGUAUGUGAAUGGUGGUCAACGCCGAGCCUCUCUACGGGUAUUUCCGACGAACUUCGUCGAUGGAAAUCGCGACGAUCGCUAUCGACGAAACGACGAUCUUGAGAUUAAAGCGACGAUCGCAUUGCCGUUCUGAUCAAGCUUAACAAUUUAAGUCGUCCGAUGAAAACAAAGCUAAAAGAAUGUGCCGAAAAGUAUGCUGCGCGUUCACAAUUGUUUUGCUCUUUAAUGUCGCAAUUGCUCCUUUUUUAUUUUCUCGUUUCCGUUUUGGUAGCUCGUUACCCUGUAAUUCUCGCUGUGCGACGAUUUCGGUGAAAAUCCGACGAUUUGAUGGAAAACGCGCGACGAAAACGACGUCCGUAGGUAGCCAAUGAGAGGCUCAACACCUAUUACUAACCGUUUGUUAGACUCAGUCUUAACUAUGGAAGGGCGUUUGCUCUAAAAGGUUCUAAAAGUCAGUCUGUAAAACUGCUUAUGCUGUCAACUUGGUUGAGACAAUCCAAUCUUCAAAUUCCACUUGUGCCAACAGAGGACUGUAAUUGUGGAGAACUUGCCUCGUUGCGAAUUAGUGGUAAUUAACAGCUGAAAUAUAGUAUACAGUAAAAACCCGCGACUAAGAACCGCAUUUUCCCAAGUUGGCCUCAACAGGUUUUGACAUCAAUGGCAUUUAGCACAAAAUUAGGAUAUUUAGGUUUUUAAAUAGGUUAGUAUUUUCGGAAGAUAAAAUAUAUUGUGGCUAAGAAGUUGAGUGGUAUUCAGCUUAUUGCUUACAUAAAACUCGCACAUUGCAGUUGGAGUUAUAAGACACCCAUGUCUCCAAGAGGAUCCUGAAUGUUGACUUACCGAAUUUGCCCAAGAGUACAGAAUUUUUUAAAUAUGGAUUUUAGAAAAUAAGAACGUGUUUCAAAUUUUAGGCUAAACAGGUUCUUGUUCAGAGGGGGCCUAAAGGCACAAAUAUUUUAGUCUAACAGGUUCUUAAAAAUCAAGUUCUUACUCGCGGAUCUUUACUGUGUUUAAAGGUAUCAGUAGCGCUAACUUAAAUGGUCACUUGCGCACAUUAAAUCUUUACUCAGUUUUCAUUUGGACAGUGACGAAGUCAGAUCUUUCUCUUUGCAGAACAACUGAUGUUUGCCGCUGGAAUGUACGAUCCUGAUGCAAUGUUCUUUGCUGAGGGAGAAAUGGGUUACCCAGCUGACGAGAUGUUUUACCCUGAGGAAAUGGGUUAUCUCCCAGAGGGAAUGGAAUAUGUCCCUGACGGAAUGGGAUUUCCUCCCGAGGGAAUGGGAUUUCUCCCCGACGGAAUGGGAUAUCCCAUGGAUAAUAUGGGUUACACUGAGGACAUGGUCUAUGCUGAUGAGAUGGGCUACAACAAUGAGAUGGGAUACCCUGAGGAAAUCUACGCGACCACCCCGACAGGCCCCAUGGCGACAGGGGAAAAUUUUGACCAUGAGGUGCCACAUACUUAUUACGAAGACGACGAUGAAAAUUCAGAAGGGGAGGGUCAGGUUGCCCCCUGA